AUGGAGUCCACGUUCUCUUACGAUGAGAAAACUAGAAAAGAACAACCGUUAUAUGAAUUUGGGUCUACUUAUUGUCCGAGAGUGUCUUACCAUUUCAACCCGAAAGUCUCAAACUACCACUAUGGUGUACGACACCCCAUGAAGCCUUUCAGACUCAUGCUGACGGACCAUCUGGUGUCGUCAUAUGGACUGCAUCAGAUUAUGGACUUGUACGAGACGAGAGCAGCAACAAAGAAUGAAAUGACAGAAUUCCACACAGCAGAUUACAUCAAUUUCCUAUGCAAAGUGACUCCGGAGAACCUGAGCAAGAUGCCUAGAGGUACUUUGGAGAAAUUUAAUAUCGGAGACGACUGUCCCAUUUUUCAGAAUUUGUUCACCUACAGCUCGCUAUAUGCUGGAGCAUCGCUGGACGCAGCAAGGAAGCUGAUAAACGACCAGUCGGACAUAGCAAUCAAUUGGUCAGGCGGCCUACACCAUGCCAAGAAGAACAAUCCAUCAGGGUUCUGCUACGUGAAUGAUAUUGUGCUGGCGAUCCUGAGCCUGCUGCGAUAUCAUCCAAGGGUGCUGUAUAUCGAUAUCGAUCUGCACCAUGGCGACGGAGUGCAGGAGGCAUUCUACACAACUGAUCGCGUUUACACGAUUUCGUUUCACAAAUACAAUGGCGAAUUUUUCCCGGGAACUGGUAAUUACGACGAGGUGGGUUGUGCAAGCGGGAAACACUUUGCCAUGAACGUUCCUCUCGAUGAUGGCAUCGACGACGACUCUUACAUCAACCUAUUCAAAUCAAUCAUUGAUCCACUGAUCACAUCCUACAAGCCAACGGUUAUCAUACAACAGUGCGGGGCCGAUUCACUAGGACAUGACAGACUCGGAUGCUUCAACCUCAACAUCAAAGCACAUGGAGAGUGCGUGAAAUUUGUACGAUCUUUUGGAAUUCCUAUGUUGGUCGUUGGCGGUGGAGGCUACACCCCAAGAAACGUAUCUCGGCUUUGGGCGUAUGAAACAGGUGUAUUGAACAACGUGCUCUUAUCAAAAGACCUGCCAGAGGAUAUACCGUUUCGCGAUUGGUUUGGGCCCGAUUACUCGCUUUAUCCUGUCCUCGAUGAUCUCUACGAGAACAAAAACAGCAAGAAAUAUCUAGAAGACAUUCGAAUACGAUGUUAUGAGAGUAUAAGGUACCUUCAGGGCGCGCCCAGCGUUCGCAUGGAUGCUGAUUGCAUACCGACGACGGACAUUUCAGGGAUUACGCCAGAGGAGGAAGAUUUAAUUAAAGAAUUGAAUGAGGAGGAUGAAUCCUGGAGAUUGAUUCAAAUGGAAAAGGAGAAUGCGAAAACGCCGUAG